AUGGUCAUUGAAGCUGCCAAUAAGAUGAUGAGGGACUUCUGGAAAGCUAAUGAAUUAUUGCCCACUAAUAUAGGAAUUGCGCUCCCUAAAUCUGCUACAAGGUGGAGUAAGCCACAUUUCGAGAAUGUGAAGUUAAACUACGAUGGGGCCUACUGUCGAAAAACAGGUAAAGCAGGCAUUGGUAUAAUCUGUAGAGACUCCUAUGGGCUGUUUAUGCGAGGGUGGUCAGAAGGUGUAGUGGCAUCUUCAGCGCUCCAUGCUGAAAUCUUGGCAAUGACUAAAGCUAUCUCACUCUCUGAAGAAUGGGGCUACUCGAAUGUCAUCUUAGAAGGUGAUUGUAAGGUGCUUGUUGAUGCUAUCUCUGCUCGAUCCCCAUCUUCUUGCCCUUGGCUGCUGCAGGGUCUAGUCAACGAUAUAAUAGAACAGAUUGCAUCACGAAGUACGCUGACUUGUUCUUUUAUUUCCCGUGCGGGAAACUGUGCCGCCGACUACUUGGCUGCUUCUGCUUCAAGGGAAGGGGGACCUCAUGGUCUGAUCCUUGUAUCUCCACCUCCUCUAGCUUCCAUAUUACUUCAUGAUGCAACUGACAUGCAUAAUCUUGGGAACGACCAGACCUCACAUGAAGCAGACAGGGAAGGCGUUGGCUGA